AUGUGUAUUCGAAUCAUAGGAGCUAGUAAUCGCCAAUAUGCUCAUAUCGGUGACGUUAUUGUUGCUGUAAUCAAAGAAGCAGUGCCCAAUAUGCCUCUAGAGAGAUCAGAAAUAAUCAGAGCUGUAAUUGUACGUACAUGUAAAGAACUCAAACGUGACAACGGUAUGAUAAUACGAUAUGAUGACAAUGCAGCAGUUGUCAUUGAUCAAGAAGGAAAUCCAAAAGGAACUCGAGUCUUUGGUGCGAUUGCUCGGGAGUUGAGACGGUUGAAUUUUACUAAAAUAGUUUCAUUAGCUUCUGAGGUAUUAUAA